AUGGUCGGCAAGAUAAUUCACGUGUGCAUCUUAUCUGUACUUGCUGUUCCGAGGGUGUCGGCGUCGUUUCCAGCUGGGAUAAUAAACAAAUCUACGAACGUAACGAAAAAGCUCAUAAACAAAUGCGGAAUAGACAAAUCAAGAACUCCGGACGUUGGUGAUGGAGAGGUUUAUAUUGAAGAGUAUCCAUGGUUUGGUGUUCUCGUGUACCCUUUGAAAGGUGAACUAACAUCGUCGCCAGUGAUUCUGAUAACGAAACAGCUUGUCCUCGGCGCUGCAAUCGAAAUCGCCAACUUGCCCAAAAUUGACUUCAGGGCCAGGUCCAAAGUAAUUCUCGGCCACAACUGCACGGGGCCAAGGAUCAAAGUGCGCGACUACACCUACCACCCGGACUUCCUGAAGAGCACCUUCAGCUCCCUGGUGCUGAUACAGCUGGACGUGGGCGUUCUGCGGCAAGAUCUAAGACCUAUAUGUCCACCACCCGACAGGAUUCACAAGCCUCAUUUCUACGCCGUAUCUCUCCCCGAAGAUUGCAUGUCCUCGAAAAUCAAUGUCUACAAAAUGACUUACGUCGACAACAAGGAGUGUAAAACUUUUUACCGAAGAUCUGGUUUGGACAUUCAGAGUGUUUGGCCAAAAUAUACAGUGUGCGCCAAAGCUCUGGGAGGCGGGGAAUGCUUGUGGCAAAGCGGUGUAUUCCUUGUUGUCAAGCAAGAUGGCAGAUGGAUGCUGGUCGGCUUUGGAGUGCACGGGCCUGGUUGCGAAUCGCCCGCGAGAUUUCUGGACUACGGCAUGUACCAUCAGUGGGUUCGUACGAACAUCGAGAGGAUCGGAACGCCAGCGAUCACCAGGGUGGCACCCAAUGAAAUCAUAAUGAGAAGACGGAUGUCAAACGUGCAGAGGUUCGGACCUUGCGACCCCGAAGAGAAAAUUGUUGAGAUAUACACAGACCACACCGCAAUCAUGCCCGAAGUUCCCAAACCACGCACGGCUAUUUACAAUUUCACGAUACUGGCGAGGUACGAAUACUCCUGCAUAGUGUUUCGCGGUGACCAGGACGGCAAAGUUCAGCCCACUAUUCAUCUGAAGAGGCUGUGCCUCGCCACCAGGCCCUCCUGCUACCAGUUCUCGACGCUGCAGAUCGACUUCGAGGUACACAUGAAAUACUUUGGCAAAGUGGAGUACCACGUAAACGUCUACGGAGAACCGCUGAGGGUGCUGGACACGAAGCGGAUGAACGUUUUCUCCAACCUGAAUGAGAUACGCCCCAACAUAUCCGCUACCUACACCAUUUACAAAUAU